AUGGACAAAGUAAACGAGCAUGUCAAAAUCCGAGAGGCUUUGAGAGGUCAACGGGAGUUUGAUACUGAACAUAUUCUUGGUGAAGGUAACUUUGGUAUGGUCGUCAGAGCGAAGUGUACAAAGGAAGGCGAGGAUAACGGCAAAACAUUUGCCAUAAAGAUCAUGAAGUAUGAUGAAUAUGAUAAGAAAAGUAAGGAAUGUCAGAAUCGAGAAAUAGAAUCCCUGUUUCGGCUUAAUAAUUCAAAUGUUAUCAAAUAUUUCGGAAGCUGGGUAAUGCAAGUUGGUUACGAACUAAAACUGUGCAUUCAAAUGGAAUUGUGUUUGGUAAACUUAAAAACUUUCGUGAAUAAGAAUGAAAUGGGUGGCCCUAAAAUUGUCCAAUCUCCAGGCCCGCCACGAUUUUAUCAGCAGGUAUUUCGACAAAUUUUGAACGGCCUGGUUGCUAUCCACAAAAUGCAAUGGAUACAUCGCGACAUUCAUCCCGGUAAUAUCCUUAUCGCAAAUCCAAACCCACAUCAAAUCAGUGAUAUCCAUGUCAAGAUCGGCGAUUUGGGACUUGCUAGGUCUACGGCCGUGAAGAUAAAAAUUGAUACUUUACCUGACGGGACAGUCGAGCCUGAGGUUGAAAAACUAACACCUUUUUCAUGGAAUGGUAUACACACGGCGCCCGAGCUCAAGGAAGAUACAUACGAUUCAAAAGUAGAUGUCUACAGUGCGGGAGUAGUGUUGUAUUCCAUUAGCUGUUACCCCGUUCAAGAGCAUUCAAAAUUAAAAUUAGACAUUGAGAAACUAAAACGAGGCAAACUUGACAUAAAUGAAUGCAUAUAUCAUAAGGAUGACAAAAAAUUGGGCAUUCUAAUAAAAAAUUUAGUUCAAAAGAAUCCAAAACUACGCUUUAGUGCUCAGCGUGCUAUGGACUAUAUGUUGUCUACAGAAGCGAAGGAUUCUACUGAUGCCAACCCUAACGAAUCCAUGUCUACCUCAUCACCAAAGAUCCCAACCACAGAAUAAAGACAUACAGAAGUGUAUCUUCUUAUUAAAAGUGCGUAAGGGAUUUUUUCAGUCCGCCAUGUUCUUAGCAAGUGCCCUAAAGAGAGGCAGUCACCCCCCUGAAAACAUGUUGAAAAUUUAAUAUUCCAGGGGGGUGAAUGCCUCUCUUUAGGGCACUUGCUCAGAACAUGGCCGCCAGCUAUUUCGGUAAAAAAGGCCUUACGGUUUUGUAAUGGAAGUUACACUUCUGUAUGUCUUUAUUCUGUGUCCCAACGGACGCUGACGAAUCCAUGCCUACUUUACAGGAAAAAUAUUCGACGGACGCUGACGAAUCCAUGUCUACCUCACAAGAGAAAUAUUCAACUGAUUCCAGCGAGGCAUCGGAGACCGUAUUCUUUGCAAGAAAACGUAACGAAGAAUAUUUACGUAUGUGCUUUUCAAACAAAUUCACGUUCACCGCAUUGACAGCUGAAGUUGAACGUCGCAUCCGCGUCAGAGCAAGCAGACAAAUUCUUGUACAAGAGCGUAUGCUUAAUGACGAAAAGAGGGGUAUCAUAAUAGAAGAUGAUAAAGUCGUGAAAUAUAUUUUUGAGAACGCAACACAAAAAGCGAAAGAUGUUGUGUUAGUUGUGACUGAGAAGGCAGAAGAAGAUAGUAACAUUGAAACUGGACAGAUUAGUUCUGAAAACGUAAGCAUGGAGUCUGCAUGA